AUGGCCGAUUCACCUGCGGAGACGGCGCCGGCGAGCCCACACCGGUCGCCCAAGUCGUCGCCGGAAUCCCCAGAGUCUCCGUCCGCCCAAGCGCCCGCAACCGGCGAGGCCCCGGUACCGGCACCGCAAGAGGUCAUUGAUGCCUCGGAGGAUGAUAAUUCAGUCACGGAUGAUCAAAUUUCGUCUUACACUGCAUCUCUCACCUCAUCGGUUCUCAACUACCCGACUGAAUACGGACGGCGGUAUCAUGCGUUCCGAGCGGGAGCAUAUAACUUCCCGAACGACGAGGACGAGAUGGACCGCCUUGAUUUGACGCAUUGUAUGGAACGGAAAACGAUUGGCGGUGAACUAUUUCUCGCCCCGAUAAGUGACAAUGUGCAGCGCAUCAUGGAUGUCGGGACUGGAACGGGCAUUUGGGCGAUAGAGAUGGCGGAAAUGUUUCCUAGCGCCGAGAUCAUCGGCAACGACCUGAGCGCCAUUCAGCCAGAAUGGACACCGCCCAACAUCAAGUUCGAGAUCGACGACGUUGAGGAUACAUGGGUGGGCCACCAACCGUACGACUUCAUCUUCAGCAGGUACAUGGCGGCGUCUCUCGCAGACUGGCCAAAGUACGUGGGGAAUAUUUACGACAACCUGAAGCCCGGCGGAUGGGCCGAGUUCCAAGACUACGACCUCAUGCUCGACUGCCAGGACGGCACGCUGGAGAACACGGAAGUCUGCCGGUGGAACACGCUGAUGAUGGAGGCCUGCGCCAGGCUGAAGCGCGAGGCGGCGCCCGGGCCGAAGCUGGAGGGCUGGGUCCGAGACGCCGGUUUCCGGGACGUCCAGCGCCGGGACUUGAAGAUCCCCCUCGGUCCGUGGGCGAAGGACCCGGAGCUGCGGGAUAUUGGGAUGUGUAACCUUGCGCAGACGCUGGAAGGGCUGGAGGGGUUUACGAUGAAGCUGUUUUGCGGGGUGUUAGGGUGGAAUGAGGAGGCUGUGAUUGUGUUCCUGGCUAAGGUUCGUCGGGAGCUGAAGAGGGGGGAUAUACAUGGGUUUUUGAACUACUACGUGGUGUAUGGUCAGAAGUCAUAG